UUCCACAACGGUUGCAGCCCCGUAUUAUUUUACGGAAAAGGCAAAAGUACCAGUAAUAUAUAGCAGAUAGCAAAGGAGGCUAUAAAUACAUAACAAUCCACAAACCCUCCAACUUACCAUACCACCAAGAGCCACUCGAUCCACUUCUUUUACAAAUCAAGCUUCAACUUUCAAGAUUCCCUUUCUAACUAGAAAAAACAAGAAGAAGAAGAAGAAGAAGUAAUUACUCGUUCUCAUGGGGAUCCGUUUGCCAUCUAUGAUUGCCAAUGCUAGGCAGUUCUACAAACUGCAAUCUCUUCUGCAAAGAAAUCGUCAAUCAGAUGUUCCUAAAGGCCAUUUUGCGGUGUACGUAGGAGAGAUGGAAAAGAAGCGAUUUGUGCUUCCCAUAUCAUACUUGAAUCAUCCUACGUUUCAGGAUUUGUUACGCAAAGCAGAGGAAGAGUUUGGCUAUGAUCAUCCUAUGGGGGGUCUAACAAUUCCCUGCAACGAGGAUGCCUUUGUUGAUCUCACUUCUCGACUCAACUCCCUGUAAAGGCUUAGUUAGACCACAAGUCUCUGCAGUUUUGACAAGAGAGCUUUACUAUCUUUAUCUUUCUUCUUCUUCUUUUUUUUUUUUUUUUUU